AUGUCCGCGCCGCUCGCCGUCGCGCGCCUCGCGCCCCCGGGGUUUAAGCUCAACCCCGUCCCAACCCCGACCCGCCGCCGCGGUCGCGUCGUCGUCGCGUCCGCGUCGCCGUCCGCGAACGACGCCGAGCUCGCCGCGAAGGAUGAGAACCCGUACGAGAUCCUCGGCGUCGACGUCACCGCGUCCAAGCGCGCGGUCCGCGACGCGUUCCGCGCCGCCGCGAAGCGCGCGCACCCCGACACGCCGGGAGGAUCCGCGAAGGCCUUCGAUGCCCUCGCCAAGGCGGCGGACGUGCUCACCGACGACGCGCGGCGCGCGCAGCUGGACGCGGUCUUGCUGAACGUACCCGCCGGUUCGCUCGCCCUCGAGGAGCUCCGAUGGAGCAGGGAGCUCGCCGCGCUGCGAGAGGCGGAGGACGCGGGAGAGGUGAAGGACCCCGCCGCGGUCCUCGAGGCCGCGAGGGCGUACGCCGCCGCGGAGAAGGCGCUCGACGCCAUCGCCAAGCGCAAGAAGAAGGCGGAGGAUGCCGAGAAGCUACGGCGGAAAGAAGAAGCGCUUCGGGCGUCGCAAGCCGCUCGGCUGGAGAUCACGUCGCGCAUCGCCACGAAGGGUUUACGGGGGAACGACGUCGCCGUCACGAUGACGGUGACGUCCGAGAUGCUGACGGAGGCGUUGGAGGCGCAGUCGGCGGGGGGUGAGAAGGUCCCUGAUAGGGUGACGCUGCCGCUGAGGGCGACGACGUCGGUGAACUGCGCCAAGUGUAACGGGUGGGGCGAGAAGGAGGGGCACUGGACCCUCGCGCUGGACAAGCUCUGCGUGAAGUGUUCGGGGAUGUGCAGGGUGGAGAAGACGAGCACGGUGAGGGUGCCGCUGCGCGUGGACGCGUUGGACGGCGAGCGGGUGGUGGUUACGGGAGCGGGCGACGAGGGAUACAGGAAGCAGGUCACCGCGCUCGGGGAGAUGACGGAGCCGGGGCCCGGCGGGGAUCUGAUCGUGACGGUGGCGCUGCUGCGGGACGGGGAGACGACGCGGCGAUGA